AUGCCAGCCAAACUCCCAAUUGCAGAAGACUUCCCCCCAAAUGUGACCGUGGUGAUAUCCUACCCAGGCUCGCACGACAGCACCCCGCCGCCAACAACCACCUCCGCUACCACGCACCACAACAUCCUGGUCCUGCUGCACGGCCUCGGCGACACGGCCAACAAAUUCGCGUCCUUUGGCCGCGCGCUCAAUCUCCCUGAAACUACCUGCAUCACCGUCCAGGCGCCCACGCCUUUGCCCGCGAGCUUCAUCGACCAUGAGGGCUACCAUUGGGGCAAUGAUGUCAUGUUUGACGAUCACGGCACGCUCGCCAUGGACGCGGAGUUCGAUCGCGCUCGCAAAGUGCUAGUGAAGGAUGUCAUUACGGAUACAUUGGUGAAUAAACUAGGCUAUAAGCUGCGCGAUAUCAUGCUCCUGGGCUUUGGGCAGGGAGGCAUGGCCGCGCUGGAUGCCGCGCGGGAUUUGAGUCUGCAUCCUCCCGUCGUGGAUGAGUUGCCAGAGGCUACAAUCUCCUCCUCCUCAACAACGUCUAUUCCUGGUGGUACGAGCGCUGGUCCUGGUACUAGUGCAACCGAGGAAAUGAACAGUAAGAGAACAAACCCUUACCAUGCUUCUUUGUCAGGUGUAGUCUCUUUUGGUGCUGCGUAUCCAUUGUCUGCAAGCACACUUGGACCCAAGGAUCGCACACCUGUCCUGCUUCUUGCCGGUCGAGACGAUGGCGGCUCUGCGGUGACAGAUACUGCACUGAAGAGGACAAAGGAUGUCUUUGAGUUUGUCGAGAUCCAUCGUUGGCCCAGGCGCGGUGACGGAAUGCCUCGCAAUAGAGAUGAUAUGCUGCCUGUUAUGCAAUUCUUUGCUCGUCGAUUGAGGAGUCGAAAGGGCGUGCCUGCUGGAAGUAUUGAAUUGACAUGA